UCCGAAAUAGUUCACCAGUGUUAACGCAAAGUUUACACUUUUGUUCCCUCACGUAUGUAGUUUCAAUUGGAGAUAUUUACUUACCAAAAGAAACUGCAUGAAUUGUGCAAAAACGGGCCGAUUUUUUUCCCCCCGCUGUCAAAUUUUCCAGUAUUUACGAUGUGAUGUUGGCUUUAAACCGAUAAGACAUGAACGCAACGCGAAGGUCAACAAAUGUGGCUAACGAUUAGCUAACUGCAGCUUAUCCACUGUUGCUCGUGGAAAGCCGUGGAUGAAUGAUGGCGUCAUUUGGCUGGAAGAGGAAAGUUGGGGAGAAGGUGUCCAAGUCAGCGGUGCAGCAGUUUGAGGCAGAAGCAGAGAAAGCUGUGGAUGAUGGGCCAAGUCAGGACCCCGAGGUGGAUUGGCUGCACGCUAUCAAACGACGGCGGGAGAUCCUGCUGGAGGACUGUGCUGCCAAGAGCAAGAGACUGAAGGAGGAGGGUGCCCUGUUGGCUGAGCAUGGCAGGCACUGGGAGGCCAUCAAGAAGUGGGAUGAGGCCAUUCAGUUGACUCCAGACAACCCACUACUGUAUGAAAUGAAGUCCCAGGUGCUGACCAUUCUUCAGGAAGUCUUUCCAGCUGUGAAGGCAGCAGAGAUGGCAGUGAAGUUCCGGCCAUUGUGGUGGGAGGGCUGGCGGACCUUGGGUCGGGCGCAGCUCAACUUGGGAGAGGUGGACCUAGCUGUGAGGUCAUUCCAGAUUGCCAUCCACCAGUGCCCAUCAGAGCGCACCCUGUGGCAGGAAGACCUUACCUGGGCUUGGAGGUUACAGAAGCAGCAAACGGCAACCAAGGAGAAGAUUCGGCAAGAGGAGGAGACUCAAAAAGAGAUCCUUAAUGCCCCUGAGCUCAAUCAGGACUAUGAUUUUGAGUCUGACGAAGUGCUAGCUGCUUGUGUGGCCGUCGCUGAGCGACAGACACGGUAUGAGGAGCUAAAGAGGACCGCUGUAAUCAUAGAUGCUGAGGGGAAUGUAAAAAAUGUACUCACAGGGGAGGAGGGAUCAGCGGACUCAGCCACACCAUCAAAGGAAGAGUUUGUCAAAGCAAGAGGACUUUGAAGUAGAAUAUAAAUGACUUUCAAGGUUCCGCUUUUGUUUUUUUGUUUGUUUGUUUGUUUUUAGGAAUAAAUGGCUUUAAAUAUAAGCAUUUAAAGCUGUGGCAAAAUAUUCCUGUUAUCAGAGGUAAAGAUGAAAACUAAUUCUUGUGAAUGUUAAUAUGUAAAGAUUAAGAGAGUUGAGUUUUAUUCAUGUAUGUCUGAAUCCCAUUCAUGUAAAUAGUAGUGAAUGUGCAUGUGAUAAUUACGCUGUACCUUAAUGUGGUUUCAGACGGCAGUAAAAACAGCCUGAGGGUCAGAUUUCAAUCUGUGCAGGUCCGUUCAUUAAUUACUGAGGAUUCAUCCUGAUAUUUGUGGAGAUAUAAACUUUUUUGCUUCUAGUUGUGUUUCAAAAUAAUGUGGAUACUUGAAUUGAGAGAUUUUAAAGUAAAGUACAGAGAAAAUUCCCAAGACUUGUGGUUACCUUUUACUCUUGAGGUGUCUGUGAAUAUGAUUGUUUGUGAAAUAGGAUGUGUGUUAAAACAUGAUUUAUGCUCAGCAAAUUGUCAGUGAGUAAAUAAACAAUGAAAAAUUUGUUAUA